GCGGGACAGCAGGCAGUCCAGCGCGGGCCGGCACCGGGAGAGGACGAGCGAGAGACGCAGGGACGGAGAGAGAGAGAGAGACGGCGAACACGAGCGGGAGACACAGUUCCGGAAGGAUGAGAGCGGACGUGACAGUUCUCCUGGUGACCCUGGUGGGCGUGGCCUCGGCGAACCCGAAGCCCCUGUCGGCGCUGCACAAGAGAGAGGCACCUGCGCCGCACAGCCCGGCGGCCCUCGAGGACCAGGUGUUGGUCCGAGAAAAACGUCAAGAGGAGCCAGCAACAAGCCCAGCAGAUGAGGCCGCGGCCCCAGACGCACCGCCGCCCCCUGAGCCUGUGGCCCCCGCGGAACCCUUGGUCCCGGAGGAAACUUUGGCCCCAGGCGAAACUGCGAACCCAGAAGACCCAGAGGAACCCACUGCCCCAGAGGAACCCGCGGUCCCAGCCGAUCCCACUGUCCCAGAGGAACCCGCGGUUCCAGAUGAACCCACUCCCCCAGAGCAACCCGCGGUUCCAGCCGAUCCCACUACCCCAGAGGAACCCGCGGUUCCAGAUGAACCCAUUGUCCCAGACGAAUCAAUUGUCCCAGAGCAACCCGCGGUUCCAAGUGAACCCAUUGUCCCAGAGCAACCCUCGAUUCCAAGUGAACCCAAUGUCCCAGAGCAACCCGUGGUUCCAGAAGAUACAGCAGCCCCCGCUGAGCCCUCGGCGCCUGAAAAGCCCGUAACCCCGGACGAGUCAGUAAUUCCAGACACGUCUUUGGUGCCAGAUGAAACCGCCGGCCCGGAAGCCCAAGCGCCGGCCGAGGACCGCGAGCAACCUGAGGCCCCACCGCCGCCGGCCCCCGGCGCCCCCGAGGAUCCCACCGUGCCCGAGCAGCCAAUAGCGCCCAAAGAACCCGCGGCGCCACCAGCCAAAGAGCCCCAGGAACCGCAGACGCCCGAGGAGCCUGUGCGGCCGACCCGCCCGCGGCCGCCGGCGCGCCCUCAGCGCCCGCCGAGGCCAGAGAGGCCCUCUCGUCCCCAGGGAGAGCAGACUGCCGAAGCAGCCAAGCCCUAA